AUGGGCCGCCUCUCCUUCGAGGACCCAGACCCGCUUACGGCCGCGCUCGCACCCCCGCCCGAUGAGACUCCCGCCGCCCGCGACGCGCGCGAGCACGCCGAGGCCGAGGCGCGCCGCGUGAGCGACGAGAUCGACGAGCAGCUCCGGCGCGAGGGCGCCGCGCUCCGCAAGCGCAAGCCCCCCGUCAAGGUAUUGCUGCUCGGCCAGAGCGAGAGCGGUAAAUCCACGACCCUUAAAAACUUCCAGAUGCAGUACGCCCGCACGACAUGGCUCGAAGAGCGCUCGUCCUGGCGCGCCGUCGUCCAGCUCAACCUCGUCCGCUCCGUCACCCUCCUCCUCGACAUGCUCGCCGCAGCCAUGGCCGCCCCCCACCGGCCCCCCACCGCCGACCUCACCGCCCCCUCCACCAUGGCCUCCACUUCCGCCGCCAACAACGGAAACGGCUACGCAGCGCGCGCGGACACCCCGUCCCCGUCGCUGCCGCUGCCCCCGCUCGCAUUCACGGAGCGCCACCAGCUGCUCAAGCUCCGCCUCGCGCCCCUCCGCGGCGUCCAGAUGGACCUCGAGCGCCGCCUCGGCGCCGCGGCCGAGGAGCCCACCUCCUCCACCAUCGCGCCGCACGAGGCACUGCCGCUCCCCCCCGCGUCGGGCAGCGCGGGCGCGCAGGCGGGCCGGCGCCCGCAGGAGUUCUACGUGCGCUCGCGCGACGGGUGGAAGUCCGCGCUCGAGCGCUUUCGGCCGCGCGGUUCUAGUGGAGGGGGUGGGGAUGACGGGGCGGCCGGGGUGGCGGCGCGCGCGGCGGCGUGGGCGCGGACGGACGCGGAGGUGGCGGAAGUGCUGGCGGGCCUUGGGGAGGAUAUGAGUGCUGUGUGGGAGGACGGGGUGGUUAGGGAGAUGUUGAGGCGGCGGAAGGUGCGGAUGGAGGAGGCGCCUGGGUUUUUCUUGAACGAUAUAGAGCGCAUCGCGAGGCGCGACUACGAGCCGUCGGACGAUGAUGUUGUGAGAGCGCGUUUGAGGACGUUGGGCGUGCAGGAGUACAGCUUCUACGUCGAAGAAGGACGCACGGCAGGGCACGAGUGGCAGAUGUUCGACGUCGGCGGCACGCGCUCCUCGCGCGCGCACUGGUACCCCUACUUCGACGACAUGGACGCGAUCAUCUUCCUCGCGCCCAUCUCGUGCUUCGACGAGCGCCUCGCCGAGGACCGGCGCGUGAACCGCCUCGAGGACACGUACCUCCUCUGGCGCACGCUGUGCUCGCUGCGCCUGCUGUCAAAGACGCAGAUCAUACUGUUUUUGAACAAGUGCGAUUUGCUGGAGCGGAAGUUGAAGGCGGGCGUGCGCGUGCGCGAGCAUGUGCCGAGUUAUGGGGAGCGGCCGAACGAUGUGGGGACGGUGAAGAAGUAUUUCCAGACGCACUUCAAGGAGAUCGCGAAGCAGCACUCGCCCGAGCCGCGCCGGUUCUACGUGCACCUCACGUCCGUCGUGGACACAAAAGAGACGGCGGCGACGCUGCGCACGGUCGAGGAGGGCAUCCUGCGCGAUAGUCUCCGCCGCGCAGACCUUCUUUGA